CGGCAAUCCAAAGGCGGGGUGUGCCGCCGACAUCAUCGCCGCCUCCUCAUAACUGGCCGCACGGCAGCUCAAGUCGCACCCUUCGCCGGCUGCCCAACAAAAAUCCAAUUUAUUCAUUUCACGCAUGAUCAUUUGUUUCGAGCUUGACAGGCAUAUUCCCGCCAGCAGAGCCUAACAACAUCAUCUAAAGUGCAAUCCGCCAAGAUGGAUGCAAAGCACCAGCGUCCGUUGCGCGCCGUCGCCGCUAUCGGUGACGAGAAUAAUCUGCCAACGAAACAGUCCAUCCACAACGGUCACAAGUCAGCCGGCAAUCUCAAAGCCAAGACCACCACUGGUGUGCUCAAUGCCCCUCCAAAGCGCACUGCCUUUGGCGACGUGAGCAACACAGUUCGAGGCCGUGUUGGUGACCUUGCUGGCAAGCCCGUCAGCAAGGAGGCUAUGAAGACCCGCACCAAGUCGACUACAGCACCCCUCAGCACUCGCGAUACUCGACGUGAAGACAAGGAAAACAGACAGGGUGGCUCCAACGACAGUCGAUCCCGAACUGGCGCUGUCUCCAAGGGCUCCAAGUAUAAUCAGGUCGCGCCGCUGCAGGCUGCCAAUCCCGCUGUCCGCGGCACAUCUCUAGCCCAGCCUCCGCUGCGAAACGGAGCGUCCAAGAAGACGGCCAUCCAUCAGGACCGACAGGAACCGAAGGUGAACGACCGUCCCGCCGGAGACUCCCCCGCCGACGAUCUGGCGGCUAUGGUAGUCAAACCAAUCAAGAACCCGCGUCAAUACAGGAGCCAGCCGCUGCUCCGAGCCGAACAGCAGAGCAUCCGGCACACGCAUAGUAGGUUUGCGGUCAAGCCGGAUAACCUGGUCGAGGCCGAAAGCGAAGCCGAUUUCGACGACAACGUGACGGAAGCGGCUUACGAGGACGCUCUUGAACAGUUGGCCCAGGACGUUGACGGUGCGGUGCGCGAUGUCUUAGUUGAGGUUGAGCAAGGAAAGUACACGAGCAUUUAUGACGAAGACUAUGAGAAGGAGAUUCAAUCCGCCGAAAUCUUGGACCCUUCUCCUGCUAAGACAUUUGUGGAGUUGUCUACUGCGCAGGAACUGGAGGAGUACUGGGACGAGGAAAUCGAGCAGGAAUACUACGAAGAGCAGGGCUAUACCACCGCGCAUUCGCUGAGGUCGCAUGGCGAUAACACCACCGGCGGCCCAACGACGAUGCUUGCUCCGAGUAUUACGGCAAGUGUCGAAGAAGAGCUCGAGAUGGCCAAGCAAUACGUGUUACAGCAUCAAAACGAAGAUGAGGUGGAGGACGAGGCCUGGGACGUCAGCAUGGUUGCCGAGUACGGCGACGAGAUCUUUGAAUAUAUGCGUGACCUGGAGGCCCAGAUGCUCCCGAAUCCUCACUACAUGGACAUCCAGACCGAGAUCCAGUGGUCGAUGCGCUCCGUGCUGAUGGACUGGUUGGUUCAGGUACACCACCGGUUUGCCCUUCUGCCCGAGACGCUCUUCCUGACGGUCAACUACAUCGACCGGUUCCUCUCGGUUAAGGUGGUCUCCCUGGGGAAGCUCCAGCUUGUCGGCGCCACUGCUCUCUUUGUAGCGGCCAAGUACGAGGAGAUCAACUGUCCAUCAGUUCAGGAAAUUGUCUACAUGGUAGAUUCAGGCUACAGCGUCGAUGAGAUUCUCAAGGCUGAGCGUUUCAUGCUGAGCAUGUUGGGGUUUGAGCUGGGCUGGCCCGGUCCCAUGAGCUUCCUUCGCCGCAUCAGCAAGGCGGAUGACUAUGACCUGGACACCCGGACCUUGGCCAAGUACUUCUUGGAAAUGACCAUCAUGGACGAGCGCUUUGUUAGCAGUCCUCCCAGCUAUCUCGCUGCCGGAGCGCAUUGCAUCUCGCGUUUGUUCUUGGGCAAGGGAGAUUGGAGUCUUGCCCACGUCCACUACUCUGGCUACACGUUCAGCCAACUCAAACCACUCGUCAAGAUGCUGUACGAGUGCUGCCAAUACCCCAGCAAGCACCAUGGCGCUGUGUACGACAAGUACGCUGGUCCGAAAUACAAGCAAUCUUCGACUUUUGUUGAGGGAAAAAUUGCCAGCGGGCUCACCCUGUCCCAGCUGUACGAUGCUGCAUUUUCGCAGCCAAGCACUCCAUCCCUCCUCGGCGACGAAAUCGGCCGUUCAUUCCCGGCGUCCGACAACCCCGUCCCGAUCAAGGCCUAAGCAGAUCCGAGCCAGCGUCAAGCUGACAUCAUGCCUACGAUCUUUUCACGAGUCUUUUCUUUUGCUGUAUGCAUUAUACCAAGCACAUC